GACAAAAUGAAAAACAUCACUUUAGCAUUUCCCAAUACAGGUCUCCUUCCCUUCAAGAUACCACCAUGAGCUCCAGCCACACCCAGAAGAACCGAGGGGACUCCACUCCGCUGCCUCCAAUCAACGAGCGCCUGGCUUUCCUGCGGCCGUCCAGAGAGCUGUUAGAGUAUUACCGCAAGAAGAUCGCUGAGUUUGAUGAGGAACACGAGGAUCUGGUAAAGCAACUGGAGCAAUACAAAGCUACCUUUGAGGAGCAGGUCACCAUUCCCCAACGUGCUGUUCAGUCUGGGGAUCCAUACGCCCGGAAACUGCAACGUUCAGGCCAGGCAGGUACCAAACAAGCACCCCUGAAAGCACCGGGGAAGCAAGACAGAAGCAAAGAGGACAAGAAAGAAGAUCCCCAGAUUCUUUUGCUUCAGGUGGAGGCGCUGCAGGCCCAGCUGGAAGAGCAGACACGACUAUCCAAAGAGCAGAUAGAGACUCUGUUAGAGGACAGGAAGGUCCGCGUGGAAGAAACCCAGGUGCAGCACCAAAGAGACCAGGACAAAAUGAAAUCUAUGACAGAUAAGCUGAAUAAGACCCAGAAAUUGCUGUACGAGAGCACCAGGGAUUUCCUGCAACUGAAAUAAUUUGAGUGCCGAGCCAAUGAGAAAUCUUGGAUGGCCGAGAAAGAUCGGCUGCUCCGAGAGCUAGACCGGUGCCGAGAGCAGUUGGCUUUAAGUAGUGACCCAGAGCAAGAGCGGGAACACGAGCGAGAGAUCCUGCGUUUGUCAUUGGUCGAGAAAGCAAGUCGGCACUCGCACAGUGAGGAAGUGAAGGUCUCUUACAGAGCAGCUGGCACAAGCACAUCGCCUCGCUGAAAUGUACCGGGAGCAGUGUGUGACACUGGAGGAUGAGCUGGGAAAGAUACGAGAGGAGGGAGACGUGGGCAGGGAAAUCUUCAAGGAACGUUCAGAUAAGGUGGCCAAGCGGCUGCAAUUGAUGGCGCAGAGAUACGAGGCUCUGGAGAAAAGGCGCAACAUGGAGGUAGAGGGCUAUAAGACUGACAUCAAGCUGCUGAGACAGCGGUUAAAGGAUGUAGAGAAGCAACUAUUCAAGGUGACGCUGAACAUCGGGCCAGACCAAGAUCUUGCUAUUCUGGAUGCAGUGCGGCAGGGCAACAAAAAGACACAAAAAAUUCAAGGGGAACUGCGCAACUUAAAGGCCAAAAUCUGUGGCCUGGGGAAUGAACUGAGAAUCGGAUAGAGCACAAGGGAGACUGACGGAGCUGCCAC